CGUGGGGCGGUGCGCUCCGGCGCGGGGUAGCUGCCGGAAGCUGGCUGGGCCGUGGGGCCGGCGCCGCCGCCAGGGAUGGGGCUGCGGGGCGCUUAGGGGCCAUGCCGCCCGGGUCCCGGGCCUGCCCCGCUCCGCCGCCCGGUCCCCGCGCCCCGCGUCCACGUCGGGAUGGUGAACCUGGCGGCCAUGGUAUGGCGCCGGCUUCUGCGGAAGAGGUGGGUGCUCGCCCUGGUCUUCGGGCUCUCGCUGGUCUACUUCCUCAGCAGCACCUUCAAGCAGGAAGAGAGGGCAGUGAGAGAUCGGAAUCUCCUCCAGGUUCAAGACCAUGAUCAACCCAUUCUGUGGAAAGUGCAGUUUAAUCUGGGCAAUAGCAGUCGGCCAAGCAAUCAGUGCCGUAAUUCCAUUCAAGGGAAGCACCUCAUCACAGAUGAACUGGGACAUGUGUGUGAAAGGAAGGAUUUGCUGGUGAAUGGCUGCUGUAACGUCAACGACCCUAACACAAAGCAGUACUGCUGCGAUGGCUGCUUGUCCAACGGCUGCUGCAGCGCCUACGAGUACUGUGUCUCCUGCUGUCUGCAGCCCAACAAGCAACUUCUCCUAGAGCGCUUCCUCAACAGGGCAGCUGUGGCAUUCCAGAACCUCUUCAUGGCCGUUGAAGAUCACUUCGAAUUGUGUUUGGCUAAAUGCAGGACCUCAUCCCAGAGCGUGCAGCAUGAGAACACCUACAGGGAUCCCAUAGCAAAGUACUGCUAUGGAGAGAGCCCCCCUGAGCUCUUCCCCGCAUGACAGGCAUGGCAGACUUGCCCAAACAUGGGUGAGGGCCCCUCUGAAGAGCUUGCCUCCUGGAACCAGACCACAGUGCUCAGGCUAGUCCAUUUGAAGAAGACAAAGGCAGCAUGAAGGAACCUUGGCUUUGACCACUGCACCACCACCACCGAGGCUUACCAGAUUGAACUCUUCUGUAAAGCAGCGUGGAACCUGUAUCCGGUCCCCUCUGGGAAAGACAUCUGCAGGCCAAGCUCGUGGUGGUGCCGACAUUCUUGGAUGACUUGAACUUGGUCCUUGCAUAGGGACCUGUGACUUGUGUUCAUCAGGGGCCAGGUGUUCACUUCCAGUUUUGAUCCAGGCCCUUUCACUGUAAAAUUAUUUAUUGAAUUUCUCUGGAGUAGUGGGACAAUUGUGUUUUAUGUAGGAAUAUGCGUUUCUGUUCUAGUUGAAUAUAUUCAAAGAAAUUA